AUGUCAUUUGGAACAGCUUCGUCACACGAGCUAGAUAUGUCAACAGAAGGUUCAGGGUUUAAAAAUGCUGAUAAAUUUGAUGAUAGCUUCCCCAUCCAUGAUGGGCUUCCACAUGAUCCAGAGAUCCAAUCACCUUCUAGUUCACACUGGCAAUUCGCAUCACCGGCUGACUACCAAAGAGCUAACCGGCAACUCUUAGAGCUAAGAAACGUAGAUCAAUCGAUUUGGGAAUUCACUGAAAUACGAAAUUGUCAAAAGAUUAAACCGGACGGAUUAACAGAUUUCUCAAUCACGAAAGCAAUUAAAGGUGAUGGAAAUUGUCAAUUUAGAGCAAUUUCUUUAAUCAUGACAGGUAGUCAAGAAAAUCAUGGACUCGUUAGAGAAAGAACAGUUGAAUAUAUGCGAAUGAAUUCCUACAAAUUCAAACCGUUUGCAAAUUAUGCUGAUCCUGGUGCUGGUGGAUCAUGGGAAGGGUAUUUAGAAAAUUUAAAAAAACCUACAACAUAUGGAGAUCAUCUUACAUUGGAAGCCAUGGCUGCCCUUUGUCGACGCAAGUUUGUGGUUCUCAAUGAAAGGAGUACUCAUGAUGGUGUUGAUAUCAUGACGGCCAACCCGGACAAUAACUAUUUAAAAAAUUCUUUUCUUUAUUUAAACAAUGAUCAUUAUGAACUUCUUUUGAAAGAUUUACCCUCGACUAACGCACCUAAUUUAGGAGGUUCGAAUUCAUUCCCGCCUACGAACUAUCGUUCGAAUCAACCUAUCAGAUCGACUUCCUCAAACAAUCGAAAAUAUGAAACUCAUACAAUGGAAUUACCCAAGAGUCAGACGCAGAAAUUGGAGAGUUACAUAAUAGGCCCAACAGGCGAACCUAUCUCAGAGCGCAUCAAUACUCGACUGCCCUAUUCACGAAGUCGAACUUUGCAGAAUGGUGGAGUAACCAGUCAAGACAGAAACCCGGCUGGUUUUUAUAAGAAAAAUACGCCUGAAACUGGUUUUGGGAGUAGAACAAAGAAGGUUGAAACUCGACCUGUCAGUUCACCUUCAAAGGUCUUCAAAGAAACUAUGGGUACGAAAAAAGUAGACUUAAGACUACGUUUCGAUACUGGAGUUGAUGGAGUCGUCAAUGGAUUUUUCAAGAGUGGCAUCGAUAUAGAUACUUCAGAGGCAUUGAAAAUACUCGAGGAACAUUAUAACUUUGAUUCUCGGAUACCAAAUGCACUUUCACAAUGGAAUUCGAAAAAAAUUCCACAGUUGAGUAAAACCUUAUAUACACCACCAUUUGAACAAAAAGGAACAUCGCAAUUUGAAUCAUUUUCAGCAUUGAUGGGACAAAAAGAAACUCCUGAAGAAUUAAGGAUGAGAGUUAUACAAACUAUGAUAGAUCAAAGAGAACAGUAUGAGCCAAAUAUCGAGAGAGGUACACAUGGCUCUUGGGAGCUUUAUUUGGCUUAUAUAGCGGAGUCUGAUACACCGGGUGAUCAUUUGACUCUGCAAGCUUUGGCAGAUACGUUUGGUAGACGGAUUGUGGUGGUCAAUCAAGGGAGAGAUCCAUCAAAAGUGAUGCUUCAGGAAAUGGCUCCAUUGAAACCUGAUGAGAAUGCGUACGGAUCAUUUUUGAUGUAUCAAAGUGAUCAACAUUAUGGAUUAUUAAUUUAA